GUUGCAUAUAUCUGCAUCACUCACUACUUGAGCAAGAAAAAACACCACUUGAACACAACAAUGGCUUCCAACAAUACUUUUCCUAGUGUUGCUCUUUUCCUUUGCCUUAACCUCAUCUUGUUUUCGAUGGUUUCAGGGUGUGGUACUUGCCCUAAGCCAAAGCCAAAGCCAAAGCCUUCAUGUCCUCCUCCUCUUUCUUCAGAAACAGCUACAUGCCCCAUUGAUACCCUUAAGCUUGGAGUGUGUGCUGAUGUUCUUGGAUUGGUGAAUGCUGUUAUUGGGUCACCCCCAGUCACUCCUUGCUGCAGCCUUCUCUCUGGUCUUGCUAAUGUUGAAGCUGCUCUCUGCCUUUGCACUGCUAUUAAGGCUAACAUUUUGGGCAUUAACCUUAAUGUUCCUAUUUCACUUAGUUUGCUUCUUAAUGUUUGUUCUAAAGAGGCUCCUUCUGGCUUCCAGUGCUCUUAAUUAUUACUACUCAACAUUGUUAUAGUCUGUCUUAUAUUCAAUUUUCUUAUAUUUUCUUGGAGAUACUUUGAGAUGGAGUUUGAAGAUAUAGAUUAUUGUACCUAUAUAUGUAUUGCUAAAAUGGGAAGCCUUUCACUUGCCAUUUUCAAAGUUCUUCCUUAAUUAUGUUGAUAUGCCAUUUUCAAUUUCAUUUCCUACA